AUGGGCACGUCCGCCUGCGCUCUGGAGUUGCUGGGGAUGCUGUUCUAUGUCGGGGCAUGGCUGUGCGCCUUAGCCACCACCAUCUUACCACAGUGGCUGACUAAAUCCACAUCGCUGCUGCCUGUGGAGAGCUACAACCAGGGCCUGUGGGAGACCUGCGUGGUCCAGGAUGUUGGAGGCAUGGAGUGUAGGUCUUACGACAGCCUGCUGGGCCUUUCCAGCCACCUCAUGCUGGCCCGCAUCUUCAUGUGUUCCUCCCUGGCUGUUGGUGUGCUGGGAAUCCUUGUGGCCACACCUGGGCUGUCCCUGGUCAACAGCUGUAGAGGUUGUGGCGGCUCUCAAACCAAGAGGACUAUAAUAAUCACAGGGGGGGUGCUGGGGAUAAUUUCUGGAGUGCUGUGUCUGAUACCUGUCUGCUACACGGCUCAUUUAGCUGUGGUCCAUUUCUUUGAUGAUAAAGUACCGGAUGGGGUGCCUCGGUGGGAAUUUGGAGACGCAUUGUUCUGUGGCUGGGCGGCGGGGUUCCUCCUCAUCAUGGCUGGACUAAUCAUGGUCACCUCCUGUACGUGUUUACAGGUGGAGCCGCAACCCAUCAUGCAGAGGAGGUACCAGGUGAAGAGCACCGACCUCAGGAAAAACUUUGAGUAUGUUUAA